GUUGACGAGAGAAGUCUAGGUUGGGGGAAGGACCCGAGAAGGCCCUCCUAGGUUCGGGCUCCCAUCCCCAGACCCCUGGGGCGCGGGAGAAGCGCGCCCGUUCCCCCACCCUGCGAGCACCUAGAAGAGAGGGCGAAACUCUCGGCUUUGGCGGACUCCACAGGUAGAAGCCAUGUCUAUUUGGGGGUUUGCCUCCCCGACUCCCGACCGCUUUGCGGUGUCUGCGGAGGCCGAGGACAAGGUUCGGGAACAGCAGGCUCGCUUGGAGCGUAUCUUCAGCGUAGGAAUGAGCGUCCUCUCCAAAGACUGCCCAGAGAACCCUCACAUCUGGUUACAGCUUGAGGGCCCCAAGGAGAACAUCUGCAGAGCCAAGGAAUACCUGAAGGGGCUCUGCAGUCCAGAACUGCAGAGUGAAAUCCGCUACCCACCCAGACUGCACUGCAUCUUUGUGGGAGCCCAAGGCUUCUUCCUUGACUGCCUGGCCUGGAGCACUUCUGCCCACCUGGUGCCUCUGGUUCCUGGCUCUCUGAUGAUCAGUGGCCUAACUGAGGCGUUUGUGAUGGCCCAAAGCCGGGUGGAGGAGUUAGCACAACGACUGAGCUGGGGCCUUCUGCCACUGUCUUGUCCCGGAGCCCUUGACAAUGGCAGAGUGCUGAGAGACUUCUCUGCCCUGCUACAGACUAGGGAGGAUGCCUACACAGAGGCCCUGCUGCAGCUGCCCCUGGCCGUGCAGGAGGAGCUCCUGAGCCUGGUGCAGGAGGCUUCUAGAGGGCAGGGUCCACAAACACUGCCCUCUCAUGAGGUGGGGAGCCCAGGCAUGUUGAGUUCUCAGUAUCAGGGAGUCAGGGCUCCCUUGAGUGAAGAUAGGGAAUCCCUGGCCACUGGAGUGGCAGGGUUGGGAAAGUCUCAGGCAGUGAGAGGACCCAGUCAUGCUGUGGAGAAAGAGGGAAGGAAACAGGAUGCUGUCAGGGACAUGGGUUCAGGAUGGAAGGAGCCGUCUGGGGAAGAGGUCUGUGAGACAGGAGUUGCUUUUAGGUCACAGCUAGCAGGUGGAGGAGCAGAGGAAGUAGCACCCUUAAAAGGAAGGGCCUUCGGGAAACAGGAGGUUCCUCAACAAAGAGGAGGGUUUGGUGUUCAGGGUGAACCUUCUGGUGCCCAUGUGCCUUGUCAGAGGGCAGCUCCAACCCGGGGAGCCUCUCUCCUCCAGCGGCUCCAUAAUGGGAACACCUCGCCUCUGAGAGUACCUAGCCCUCCGCCGGCGCCGGAACCCCCUUGGCCCUGUGGAGACCGAGACCGAGACCGAGAUCGAGAUCGAGAUCGAGAUCGAGAUCGGGGAGACAGGGGAGACAAGCAGCAGGCUGGGGCUCGAGGCCGAGGGUCUCCAUGGAAACGAGGCACUCGUGGUGGCAACUUGGUGACUGGCACACAGCGUUUCCAGGAAGCCUUGCAGGAUCCUUUCACCCUGUGCCUUGCCAAUGUGCCUGGCCAGCCAGAUCUCCGCCAUGUUGUCAUUGAUGGCAGCAACGUGGCCAUGGUGCACGGCCUCCAGCACUACUUCUCAAGUCGGGGCAUUGCUCUUGCUGUGCAGUACUUCUGGGACCGUGGCCACCGUGACAUAACCGUCUUUGUGCCUCAGUGGCGCUUCAGUAAGGAUUCCAAGGUCAGAGAGAGUCACUUCCUGCAGAAGCUGUACUCCCUGAGUCUGUUGUCCCUGACACCCUCCCGAGUGAUGGAUGGCAAGAGGAUUUCUUCUUACGAUGACAGGUUCAUGGUGAAGCUGGCUGAAGAGACUGAUGGGAUCAUUGUCUCCAAUGACCAGUUCCGGGAUCUGGCUGAGGAGUCUGACAAGUGGAUGGCGAUCAUCAGAGAGCGCCUUCUGCCCUUCACCUUUGUGGGGAACCUCUUCAUGGUCCCAGAUGAUCCACUGGGGCGAAAUGGCCCCACCCUGGAUGAGUUUCUGAAGAAGCCGGUCAGGAAGCAGGGCUCCUCUAAGUCUCAGCAGCCCUCCAAAGGUCCCACAGAACAUGGUCAUCAGCAGCAGGGGAAGGAAGUGGAGAAGGGCAGUGGUGGCAUUCGGAAGACCCGGGAGACAGAGCGGCUCCGGCGCCAGCUGCUUGAAGUGUUUUGGGGUCAGGACCACAAGGUGGACUUCAUCCUGCAGCGGGAACCAUACUGCCGGGAUAUUAAUCAACUUUCUGAGGCCCUGCUGAGUCUCAACUUCUGAGCCUUUCUGCCCUGCAUAGCUGCUACCCUACUAGAAUCAGCCUCCCCCAGCCCAGCCUCCUCACUUAUGGUCCCUCUGCUGUUCAGACUAUGACCUAGACUCAUUCUAAAAUGGCGUUUCAGCCAGACAAAGUACCAGAGAAGAGAAUUUGAGUGUGGGAAUACUCUUGCCUGAGGUACUUUAAGGACAGAUCCUUAAAGUGACUCAACGUGAGGGAGGAGUGCAGCCAGCAUUCCUUCAGACACACGAGGGUACAACUCGUACCCUCGUGAGGUUUUGAUCAGACUCCACUCCUCAACUUUGUCUUAACAGAGGGUUUCUGUAGGGUGCAGAGGCUGUUCCUGGAGAUGGAGACUGUGGCUUCAUUACCAAGUUACUUGGUUGGAGGCUAGGGUAGCCUGGAGGGGACACAAAGGGUAAGCCGAGAAAGAAAGCGCCCUCUGGCUGCCCCUCUGAGUGGCUAGGAUAGGCUGAGCUGUACCCUCGUGUGUCUGAAGGAAUGCUGGCUCCUGGAGGGGUCACAGCGCUAUGUGCACUGUUGUAGUGGGACAGCUGAGAGGCAGAAGGUAGAGGCGGGCAGGCUUCCAGUCUCAGUUGUGCCUUGGUUGUGACCUUGACGGAGUUGCUUGGCCUUUACUUCGGGCAUAAAAAUAACUUUGAGGGAAACGAGAACAGAGAAGGCGGCUCCCGUGAGGAACUGUGUACAUGGAUCAUGGCUCAGGUGUGGCUGCCUGUGGCUGCACAGGCUCCCUAACCAAAACUUCACUUUCAGAGGUGUCCACUGUCUAUACCCUCGAUUUUCACGCUGGGUUUUCCGUAGAACAUGCCCUGUAAUGGCUGCAUUCCUUUCCAGCAACCUUCAAAACGCGUUAACAGAAUAGUCAAGGUAGGGUUGACGGAUGCGUUACUUCAGUACUCUCAGGGCUCCUCUAAAUGGCAGCUGGUCAAGUGUUUCAAGUGUUUACAGAUCGACGAGGCCCCGGUUAAAUCCUCUUUCUGGUGUUGGGCCUAGUCACCAAACCCAUGACGUCAUGAUUCGCAGUGCUUAAUGAGACCUAUCUAAUAUUUUCUUUAUGAAAGACAGGAUUCAUUCGGCAAAGACACACUGCUGCAUAUCGGGUGUCUGGGAAGUGGAGCUGAAGCCUCAGGAUUGAAAGAUACCUGAUUGGUUACAGACCAACUCCACUGACCUAUCGUGACACCCUGUUUACAUUCGAAUUCCCACACGUCAUUGUUUUCUCUCUGAACUCUUUCUGUGCCAGGGAAUUUACUAUCAACAAGGUGGCACAUUCCUUAUGUGGACCUGUUAAUCAGUUUUUCUCUAGUGUAGUCUAACAUGCUUUUCUGUUUUACUUUUAUCUUCCCCAGGAAUAAUUCAGAGCUGGUUAACUUUUUAGAGGCUAGGGUCAGAUAGAGGUAUAAAAAGGUGAGGCAGGUGCCCCUGGGUUCAUGUAGUAAGUCCCCCAAUUAAUUAGAUGGUUUCCUGACUCUGACUUACUCCAGGAGACACAGAGAGUUGACUGUGUGGCCCUUUGGGUCCCAGUGUCCUUGUUUUGUUGGGCAAUUUUCAGUUCACGCAAGGUGAGGUGUUGGAGACAAGUUGAUCAGGGAAAUGACAAGGGAAGAGAAGAGAGUGGUCUGGACUGGGCACUGGUAGAACUGCUCUUUAAGUUUGUGAUUGGUGUCUUGCUCUUUUUGCCUGCCAUGAUGGUGGGUGUACAGGGGGCUGGGAUUAUCUUCCCUUUUAUGCUAUGGGGCCUGGAAGGCUGAAUGUUCCCAAGAAGAUGAGAGACGAAGCCUAGGUUUAUAGAGGGACAGCGACUCUGUCUUACUGCAGUAUGACAAGCUGGAACCUGGAUGUGUUUAUUAAUUCAUGGCCGUUUGGUGAAUGCUGAAGGCUAACUAACCUACAGGGCCUUUCCUCUCCACUUUGGCUGGCAUCCUCUGAACAGGUGGUCAGGUGACGCCAGAACUCACUGGAAAUAGAUUUUUAUAUAUAUUAUCUUUAAUCUCUGUUAUAACCUCAUGUCUCCCCAGUUCGUUUGGGAAGAGAGACCAUGAAAGGAAAGGAUGAGGAGAGAGGUAAAAUGUUCAGGACCCCGUUUAGGGAGAAGAGCCAGGUAGAGGAAUAGUUCUAAAGAUAAUUCCAGGGGAGUACAAACCAAAGAGACAGCUGAAGCCAGUGGUCUACAGACACAGUCUACCUUUAUUGCCACAACUGUAGAACUUUGUCUACAUAGCAUGUAGGAGAACCAGGGCAACAAUGUGACACAGAAGCCACAAGAAGUUGAGGAGGUUAAGGUUAGAAUGAGAUUAGAUCCUUGAGACUGGAGUUUCUUGGAGAGAGGUGGAUCAACAGAACAUGGGAAGAAAGGGGAGAGAGAGAGAGUCUAAGAGCCAGAUGGCUUCUGAUCUCAGUCAAGUACAGCAAUCACCUGACUCACUUCUCAGAAUGCAGGAACAGGCCCCACCUCCUGCCUUGGGGCUCCCUUCUCUACUUAGGUUACAACAUCCUUUAAGGCAGCUCCUAACUCUGGGAAGGAAUACUGGUAGCCCGUGGCCAGUGUCCUCCGGGGGACCACUUUCUGGCCUUCCAACAGCAUGAUGGCACGCUCUCGUCCAAAGAUUGCUUGUACCACAGCGCUGGGGACAGGUAUGAAGGCUGGGCGGCCCAGGGCAGCACCCAAGGCCUGGGCAAAAUCGGCAUUGGUAGUUGUAGAUGCUGGAGCUACUCCAUUCAGGACUCCUUGGACGUGGUUUGCCUCAAGGGCAUGAUUCAGAAUUCCUGCCAGGUCACUAAUGUGUAUCCAGGGGAAGAACUGGUGACCUGAACCAAUGGGGCCUCCUAGGCCCAGGCGGAAGGGCAGAAGCAUGUGGCCGAUGGCACCGCCCCUGCGGCCCAGCACAACCCCUAAAGCAGACAGAAGGGUGGUAAAGGAAGGUUGUUUAGUCCUUGGAGAGCUGCACUAUAAUUUCUCUUCUCCCUUCCUCACAGCCUUCCCAUGUGCACUUGGGAGUGGGCAGAGUUGAGGGCUGUGGAUCUUCCUGGGGCUUUCCCUUUGUGUUAGCUAAAGUGAUGGUGUCCUCUCACUGCAAACUCACCCCUCCUCAGCCCAGAAAUCUUCUACUUUGCUUGGUUCCCAGGCCCUUGGUCCUCACCUGAACGUACCACGACCUGGCGUGUAGACUCUCCAGGAAGCCUGGCUGCUGCUUCCCAUUUGGUUACCAGGUUGGAGAAAAAGUCAAAAUCCCCUCCUGGGCUGUCUUCAUCAUACUCCUCAGUCAGGCUUGGCUGGUAGUAAGCUGUCACAGAAGGGCACUCAUUUGCUCUGGCGGUCCCUGGCCUGCUGGGCCCUUCAGUGAAAGGCUCCUUAGCCUCAGGCUCCUUGGCCCUUUGGGUUUCCACAGGAGAAGAAAACCAUAACUGUUUCCCCCCUUGAGCUUCUCCAUGUGUUCAUGCCUGAAAGUGUAGCUAUUGGCUCUCAGGCUGCGUCCAGAGGCUGCCAGCUUGUAGUGGGUGGAGACAGAUGUAGGUGCUAAGCUGCUUGAGCUCCACCAUUCUUGACAUCUGUGACUUUUUGGCAAGUUACUUCUCUGUGUGCAAACUCUGCAUCUUCAAUAUGGGAGUAACUGUACCUACCUCAAAGUUGUUGCAAGGAUUAAAUGAUAUGUAUAAAAUGGUA